ACCGGUUAUGUGAGUUAGUUGCUUCAACGAGGAGAAGAGGCGCAGGAAUACAAUCUCUCAAACCGCCCCGCUGCAACAAACAAAAAAACAUUAUAGUUAAAGAAUUAAAUUGUAAAUCAAGGUUUAUUUUUAUUUCGUAAAAUGAAUCGGAGUAUAUUAUUGAGCGUACCGUGAUAAUAGUUGCGGAAUCCACAUCUGUGAUCCUUAUUAACUAGCCAUCAAUAUACACCUUCUGGAAUUGGAGCCAGCUAACGUGUCAGAGAUAACAGUAACGUUAGCUAGUCUAUUUCUGACUAAACAACAACGAUAUUGUAUAUAACCUUUUAGCAAGCUUCCCUGUGGGGAAAAAAGCCAAUCUUUCAGUCAGAGGCUUGGACUUUUGAGCUCCAUGCCAGCAGUUAUGACAGUGUUAGCAGACCAAGCAGCGCAGCAGCUGCUAGACUUCAGCCAGAAACUAGACAUCAACCUGUUGGACAACGUGGUCAACUGUCUGUACCAUGGGAUCGGAACACAGCAAAGGCUGGCUCAGGAGGUUCUGACCCAGCUGAAAGAGCACCCGGAUGCUUGGACCAGAGUGGACACCAUACUGGAGUUCUCCCAGAGCAUGAACACCAAAUACUAUGCUCUGCAGAUUCUGGAAACAGUUAUCAAAACAAGAUGGAAGAUUCUACCCAGAAACCAGUGUGAAGGUAUUAAAAAGUAUGUUGUUGGACUUAUUAUCAAGACGUCGUCGGACGCUACAAUGGUCGAGAAAGAGAAAGUGUACAUUGGAAAGCUGAACAUGAUCCUUGUUCAGAUCCUGAAGCAGGAGUGGCCCAAGCACUGGCCCACGUUCAUCAGUGACAUCGUGGGAGCCAGCCGCACCAGCGAGAGCCUCUGUCAGAACAACAUGAUCAUCCUCAAGCUGCUCAGUGAGGAGGUGUUUGACUUCUCUAGUGGACAGAUGACCCAGGUCAAGGCCAAGCACCUCAAAGACAGCAUGUGCAACGAAUUCUCCCAGAUAUUCCAGCUCUGCCAGUUUGUCAUGGAGAAUUCCCAGAAUGCACCACUGGUCCACGCCACUCUAGAAACGCUGCUGAGGUUUCUCAACUGGAUUCCUCUGGGGUACAUUUUCGAGACCAAACUCAUCAGCACACUCGUCUACAAGUUCCUGAACGUGCCGAUGUUCCGCAACGUGACGUUGAAGUGUCUGACGGAGAUCGCCGGCGUCAGUGUCAGCCAAUACGAGGAGCAGUUUGUCAACCUCUUCACGCUCACCAUGUGUCAACUCAAACAGAUGCUUCCCCUGAACACCAACAUUCGUCUGGCGUACUCCAACGGUAAGGAUGACGAACAGAACUUCAUCCAGAACCUCAGCCUGUUCCUCUGCACCUUCCUGAAGGAGCACGGUCAGCUCAUCGAGAAGAGGCCCAACCUCCGAGAGACACUGAUGGAGGCUCUCCACUACAUGCUGCUGGUGUCUGAGGUGGAGGAGACAGAGAUCUUUAAGAUCUGUCUGGAGUACUGGAACCAUCUGGCUGCAGAGCUUUACAGGGAGAGUCCCUUCUCCACCUCCACCUCCCCCCUGCUGUCUGGAUCACAACACUUUGAUGUCCCUCCUCGCAGACAGCUCUACCUGCCUGUACUCUCCAAGGUGCGUCUGCUGAUGGUGAGCCGCAUGGCCAAGCCGGAGGAGGUGCUGGUGGUGGAGAACGACCAGGGAGAGGUGGUACGAGAGUUCAUGAAGGACACAGACUCCAUCAACCUCUACAAGAACAUGAGAGAGACACUGGUGUACCUGACCCACCUGGACUAUGCAGACACGGAGCGUAUAAUGACAGAGAAGCUUCAUAACCAGGUGAACGGAACAGAGUGGUCCUGGAAGAACCUCAACACACUGUGCUGGGCUAUAGGGUCCAUCAGUGGAGCCAUGCACGAAGAGGACGAGAAGAGGUUCCUGGUCACCGUCAUCAAGGAUCUGCUGGGUCUAUGUGAACAGAAGAGGGGAAAGGACAAUAAGGCCAUCAUUGCCUCCAAUAUCAUGUACAUCGUGGGCCAGUACCCUCGCUUCCUCAGAGCCCACUGGAAGUUCCUCAAGACCGUGGUCAACAAACUCUUUGAGUUCAUGCACGAGACCCAUGAUGGGGUACAGGAUAUGGCGUGUGACACUUUCAUCAAGAUCGCCCAGAAGUGCCGUCGCCAUUUUGUCCAGGUGCAGGUGGGCGAGGUGAUGCCCUUCAUCGACGAGAUCCUCAACAACAUCAACACCAUCAUCUGUGACCUGCAGCCACAGCAGGUCCAUACGUUCUACGAGGCCGUGGGAUACAUGAUCGGAGCCCAGACAGACCAGGCAGUACAAGAGCAUAUCAUAGAGAAAUACAUGUUACUACCUAACCAGGUGUGGGACAGCAUCAUUCAACAGGCCACCAAGAACGUGGACAUUCUGAAGGACCCAGAGACGGUGAAGCAGCUCGGCAGCAUCCUGAAGACCAACGUCCGGGCCUGUAAGGCUGUGGGACACCCCUUCGUUAUCCAGUUAGGACGCAUUUAUCUGGACAUGCUCAACGUCUACAAGUGCCUCAGCGAAAACAUCUCCGCAGCCAUCCAGACCAACGGAGAGAUGGUGACGAAACAGCCCCUGAUCAGAAGUAUGAGGACGGUGAAAAGAGAGACGCUCAAACUCAUCUCCGGCUGGGUUAGCAGAUCCAGCGAUCCACAGAUGGUGGGGGAGAACUUUGUUCCGCCGCUGCUCGACGCCGUUCUCAUCGACUACCAGCGCAACGUCCCCGCCGCCCGGGAGCCCGAGGUCCUCAGCACCAUGGCAACCAUCGUCAACAAGCUGGGCGGACACAUCACCGGGGAGAUCCCGCAGAUCUUCGAUGCCGUGUUCGAGUGCACGCUCAACAUGAUCAAUAAAGACUUUGAGGAGUACCCGGAACACAGGACUCAUUUCUUCUACCUGCUGCAGGCGGUCAACUCCCAUUGUUUCCCAGCAUUCCUGGCCAUCCCUCCGGCCCAGUUCAAACUGGUGCUGGACUCCAUCAUCUGGGCCUUCAAACACACCAUGAGGAACGUGGCCGACACAGGUCUUCAGAUCCUCUACACUCUACUGCAGAACGUGACUCAGGAAGAGGCUGCAGCACAGAGCUUCUACCAGACAUACUUCUGUGACAUCCUCCAACACAUCUUCUCUGUGGUCACUGACACAUCACACACUGCUGGCCUGACGAUGCAUGCCUCCAUCCUGACCUACAUGUUUAACCUGGUGGAGGAAGGGAAGAUCAACACCCAGCUCAACCCCUCCAACCCCGGUAACAACCAGGUCUUCAUACAGGAGUACGUGGCCAACCUGCUCAAAACUGCUUUCCCACAUCUACAGGAUGCCCAGGUCAAGGUGUUCGUAACAGGACUGUUCAGUCUUAACCAGGACAUUGCAGCCUUCAAGGAACACCUGAGGGACUUCCUGGUACAGAUUAAGGAGUUUGCAGGGGAGGACACCACAGACCUGUUCCUAGAGGAGCGGGAGGCGUCACUGCGUCAGGCGCAGGAGGAGAAACACAAGCUGCAGAUGUCAGUUCCCGGUAUCCUCAACCCACACGAAAUACCUGAGGAGAUGUGUGAUUGAGACGUCCAGCCACUGCGCCACAUGAACCAAACUGCUGUUACUGUACAUACAGGCAUACCGACAAACACACAAAACUAACCCAAACAGAAGGAACGAAGAGGUGGGAGGCCCCCGGUCACUUUGCUGAGGUACGGAGAGAGCAGACACGCCCCUCCUCAUCCAUCAGGUGUUCUGUCCACCAAAAACCAUGUCAAUAUGUAAAUGACGACGUACUGGGUCACCCCGUGGCCCGUUACACCUGUUUUAUAUGGAGACUUCUGUUUCCACUGUUUAUUUGGUCAGGGGUCAUCACCCCCCCCUAGCUGCAUGACAUGAAGCAGACGUAUGGUAAGAUUUCUGUGUCAUAGGUUUCCACUGUUUAUUUGGUCAGGGGUCAUCACCCCCCUAGCUGCAUGACAUGAAGCAGACGUAUGGUAAGAUUUCUGAACUUCACUUGUUUCCUCCCCUCCACAUGUUAUCUCUCUCUCUCACACACACAUAUACAUAUAUAUAUAUAGUGAGACAGGAGAGUGUUUGUGCAACAAGGCAUAUGUGUCAAAAAGUUCUCAGCAAAGAGGCUUCUAGAACUAUGAUGUGACAGACUGGAAGGAAUGAAGUGGUGUUCUAGAAGUGUGUGUGUGUGUAUGUGCACCCUGCGUCUGAUUCCCAACCCAAUGCAUUGUGGUUAGAAUGUGAAGCUAGCGGAUUAUGAAGGAAGAAAGUCAGAGAUGCUGCUGCUUUGUGUGUCAGGUGGUCAGGCUAGCGGCCCGUGCUCAUUGGUUGAACCUCCGCCCAACUGAAAGAAACCUACUGCGUUUGGUCGCCUGGCUGUGACUGGAGGCGGGAACUAGGAAGACAGGAAGAUUAUGUGCAUAUCAUCCCAAUUCUAUAGCACAUGAAUUACCAUGGGAACAUCAUUAUUAUGUAGGGUAUUUUUUGUGGGUGUGUUGAGUGCGUGUGCUGUCGCCUAGACGACAUGGGCGUUUAGUUUUCCUCUGUGAGGAUCGUUGCUCUUCGUUCAAAUGGACCUUUAACAGAAAGAAGAAGCGGUUAUUGACAUUUUAUUUAUGGGUUCAAAAUAUCUGCAUCUUUAUAUAACAACCUCCUGUUUAUCUUCUGUCAGUCGGCUUUUGAGAUUCUGAAUUGGAAGUAAUUGACAUUGUUUACCGUGCUGGUAGUGCUUCAACAACACUACCUAGAAGACAAGCUCAAAUAAACACGACUCGGUUUACAUUUCAUUUUGUAUGUUUGCUUUGGAUCUUUAUAACAUGUCUUCUAUCCAAAAUAAAACAAAAGGCUUUUUAUUCCAGAGUGAAAUAAUUAGUUGCCAAUAGUUUGAUUAAGCAACAAAUGUAUAAUUCCUAAUCCAAACUCAAUCUGUAAAUGGCAAAUAGUUCCCCUUCUCUACUCGUUACAGUUGUUGUGAAACUUUUUGAACUGAUUAAAGUUGAGGAUUUUAUAA